GGGCUUUCUCCAGGCCCAGCCUGUCACAGCACUUCAUGCUCGAGACAUUAUUUCAGCUCUCAUCCGUCCCACACGUCCCCAGCCCUCACCCCAGCACAUUCACUGCGCUCCCAUUGGUGCAGAGCUGCCGCAGUGACUGCUGGGCUGGGCUGAAGCGUUGGACCCCAACGUUCUUCCUCUUCCCACAGUCACUGCUGCUGCUUCUUCAGCCCCUGCAUGCACCAUGCAGCCCCCUCACCUCUUCCUCUUUCUUCCCCUCCUCCUCCCUGGGAUGUGGGCAGACCCAGAAGCAGAGCCACAGGUUCUCCAGUACCUCCUGACCGGCCUCUUUGCUGACAUGGCCUCUGCCGAGGUGUCAGCGACGGGAGUCCUGGGGGAUGUGCCCAUCUUUGCACUGGAUCCUGCCAACUGGAGCAUCCACUUCCACUGGCCCUGGGUCAGCCAGGCUGCAGCCGAGGGUGACACCGAGAAGCUGAUGUCCCAAAGUCAAAUGGCUCUGCGCAAUAUGGUCCGAUAUGUGCACGACAAAGUCCAGCAGACAGAAAUGGACUACCCUCUGGUGGUCCAAAUCCGUGCGGGCUGUGAGCUGCACCCCAACACAUCAAGCUGGGGCUUCCUGCAUGUCGGGGAGGGUGGCAAAGACCUUGUAGCUUUUGAGGUGGAUGAAGAGCGCUGGGAGAUGCAGCAGGCGUCCCAGCUGGCAGAGCAGGUCAUCACGGACCUAAACAGUGCAACGUCCGUCAAAGUCCUCCUGGAGCACCUCCUGUCCUUCAUCUGCCAGAGCCAAAUCCGCACCCUGAACAAGUACGGGAGGGCCACUCUGGAGAGACAAGAGCUGCCCGUGGCCACGGUCUUUGCCCGCACGCCCAGCCCACACCAGCUGCUGCUGGUUUGCCAUGUCACCGCCUUCUACCCCCGGCCCAUCAGCGUGGCCUGGCUGAGGGAUGGCCACGAGGUGCCUCCGGGCCCGCAGCUCAACACCAGCCCCGUCCUGCCCAACGCUGACCUCACCUACCAGCUCUCCAGCGUCCUGGCCGUGGCCCCCCAGGACGGGCACAGCUACGCCUGCCGCGUGCGCCACCGCAGCCUGGGCACCCGCAGCCUCCUCGUCCCCUGGGAGAAUCUCAGCACAGCUCCAACCAUCAGCAUCACCAUCGCAGUGCUGCUCCUGGGUUCCACAGCCUCUGCCGGGGGAUUUUGGUGGUGGAAGCGCAGGUGAACUCUCCUUCCCAUUGCCUGCUCUAAGAUUUACGGGCAGGAGAGGUAAUGAGGCUACAUGGGAGACCCGGGAAUUCAUCAGCUGAGGCCUGGUUGCUCACUCAGAAACAGCCGGCCGCUCUCCCUGUUCAUUUCAUGUCCCACCUCUCACCCAUCAGCACCGACACUGUUUUGUUCUGGAAAACCGUGGCAUUAAACAGCUACAAACUUCCCCUG